AGCUGGAGGGAGGGGCAGGGGGUAGGUGCCCGGGGAGCGGGAGCCGGAGGGGCAGCCCAUCCAUGGAGGAAAAGCGCAUCCUGUGCGUUGGCCUGGUUUGCCUGGACAUAAUCAGUGUGGUGGACGUGUACCCGCCCGAGGACACGGACACCAGGUGCCUGUCUCAGCGCUGGCAGCGGGGUGGCAAUGCCUCAAACUCCUGCACCGUGCUGUCCCUGCUGGGGGCGCCCUGCGCCUUCAUGGGCUCGUUGGCGCCCGGACACGCAGCAGACUUCGUCCUGGCCGACCUGCGGCGCUAUGCAGUGGAGCUCACCCACCUGGUCCCGCACCCCGAGAGCUCCUUCCCCACCUCCAUCGUCAUCAGCAGUGCGAGCAGGGGCACCCGCACCAUCCUGCACACAAACAGUUUCAUCGUGGCGGACUUCCGACGCAGGGGUGUGGACGUAGCGCAGGUGGCGUGGCAAAGCCAGGGGGACACGCCGUGCGCCUGCUGCCUUGUCAACAGCACCAACGGCUCACGGACGGUCACGCUCUAUGACACAAACCUGCCAGAUGUGACAGCACAGGAUUUUGAGCAGGUCGACCUCACCCAGUACAAGUGGAUCCAUUGGGAGGGCAGGAACGCUGCGGAGCAGGUGAAAAUGAUCCAGCGCGUGGAGGAGUAUAACCGGACCUGCCCAGCCCACCAGAGAGUCUCUACGUCAGUGGAGGUGGAGAAGCCCCGAAAGGAGCUGUACCAGCUCUUCGGCUACGGAGACGUGGUAGGAAAUAAUGGGGCACGUCCCCGCCGCUGACCCUCUUCCUGGGUC